AUGAGAACAAGGACAUUGCUGAGUGUUGCAUCUGGGUUUAUAAGCUUCUCCUGCGAGGCUGUGCGCAGUUGUGUAGAGAUCCAGUGUGAUGAAGACCAGCGAUGCUGCACACAAAACAGCAGCAGCAUCACGUCCAUCAAUCAACUCCCUCUGCACUCUUUCCUGGACAAUCUGGAACGGUUAGUCCGUAAACUGUCGGGACUGCUGAUCCUGCUGUUGCUCUUUGUGGUGGGUUACUUCAUUCAGCGGAUCGUAUGUCCACGUCCCCGCCGUCAGACGCCCGAGGAGCCAUCACUUCUGCAUGGACACGCGUCCCAGGACUCCCUCACAGGGGACUUCAGCUCUCCAGUGCUGCUGCUUCCCACAUACGAGGAGGUGAACUAUCUGCCCACUUAUGAGGAGAUCAUGAUGGAGGUAAAUAGAGACAAUCUGAACUCAAACACAGGAGCGAUAGAGGAAAGACGAGCAACAUUGCACACAUCUAGAAGACCCAUAAACUCUAUAUAGUCCACUCAUUGUGUUUGACUUGAUUCUGUAACAGCUGAUGCAUUCACAAUAAUGCGUCCCGUGUGUCUUCAGCAGCUGUGCACUUUUCAAGACAUUUUUAUAUUCAGGUUUGGCUCCUAAAGUAAGUGUUUUGAAAUAUCCAAUCCUAGACAGUGCCAAUUAUGUGCAGAAAUGCAUUACUAACAGUUUUCAUUUAAUUCCUGGUCUUAUUGUGCU